GAGAUCGCAAGCAAUCCUCAAUUAUUUAUUGAAGGGGCUUCAAGAUUUGAUGUACAACAAGGAGAAUUGGGUGACUGUUGGUUGUUAGCUGCAGUUGCUAAUUUAACUUUGAAUGAAAAACUAUUUUAUCAAGUAGUGCCAAAUGAUCAAGGAUUCGAUAAUAAAUACGCUGGUAUAUUUCACUUUAGAUUUUGGCAGUAUGGCAGAUGGGUCGAUGUGGUUGUUGACGAUCGUUUACCUACUUAUCAUGGAAAGUUAAUAUUUCUUCAUUCAUCAACUGAAAAUGAAUUCUGGAGUGCUCUGUUGGAGAAAGCCUAUGCAAAGUAA